GAGUUAGCGGCUCGUCUCCAUGCUCAGUUUCCGGAGCAUUAUCCAGACAACAACCACAAGCCGGAGAUGGCCAUCGCCCUCACCCGCUUUGAGGGCCUCUGCGGCUUCAGACCGGCGGAGGAGAUCCUGGGGUUCCUCAAAUCUGUCCCAGAGUUUCAUGCUCUGGUGGGAAAUGAGGCGGCAGAGGAGCUGAGGUGCAGCGUGGGAAAUGCGGUCCACACGGGCCAGGUGCUGAAGAAGUGCUUCACCAGGAUGAUGAACUGCGAGAAGAAGGUGUUCGUGGAUCAGCUCAACAUGCUGGUCAAGAGAGUCACUGAAGACGGUGCAGCAGGGAAGGACACGUCGAGCAGCAUCGGAGACCUGCUGCUGCGGCUCCACUCUCAGUACCCCGGAGACAUCGGGUGCUUCUCCAUCUACUUCCUGAACCACAUGCUGCUGGAGCCGGGCCAGGCCAUGUUCCUGGGGGCCAACGAGCCUCACGCCUACCUCUACGGAGACUGUGUGGAGUGCAUGGCCUGCUCAGACAACACGGUGAGGGCCGGUCUGACUCCCAAAUACAUCGACGUGAACACGCUGUGUGAGAUGCUGAACUACACCCCCGCCCCGGCCAGCUCCAAGAUCUUCCCCUGUGUCCAGGACGCCUCCGACCCCUGCGUCUCCCUGUACGACCCCCCCGUGCCAGACUUCUCUGUCAUGAGGAUACAGGUCCCCCCCUCAGUGAAGCAGUACACCGUUGCCCCCGUCGACAGCGCCAGCAUCCUCCUGGUCAUCGAAGGGGACGCCAUGGCGACCUCUGUCGCUGCCCUCUCUGACAUCACACUGAGCCGGGGCACCGUCCUGUUCGUCUCGGCCAAUGAGAGCGUCUCCCUGCAUGUCACAUGCCCCUCAGGGAUGACCAUGUUCCGGGCCUGCUGCCUCCUGUAGCUGCCAGUCUGAAGCAGUGUGUGUGUGUGUGAAGGCUUCCUGUGUGUGUGUGCUCCUAAAGAUCUACGCUGCGAUCAGGAUUGAGCCCAAUGAUCCCCCUGCACCUCACAGUAGGUAGUACGUUAAAGGAGCUUUCAGACACAGAGGCCCCCUCCCACCUAAAACCAACCUGCAGUGUUCUUUAGCUUUAAAGUCCACAGCAGAUUUGAAUUGUCUUUUUUACCUUGAGCGGUGCAAUUUACAUCUUAUAGAAAAAAAACAUAGGAUGUUCUCUUCUAAAUUCUUUAAAGGUGCUGGGUAUAUACUGAGAAUCAAAAGUCAAAUGAUAUGUCCAGAACACUGACCAUGAUCCUAUUUAAAAAGUAGUAAGGCAGUGCUCAGAUCACUUCAUCCUUGUGGGGUAAAUGAUAAGGAUUAAAAUGUUGCAUGAAAGGUUGUUCUUGAACUAGAAAAACCACAGUAUAAAGGUCUAUGUGGUGUGGUAGCUUUUCUGAAGCGGAAGGGACUUCAAUGCUCAGAAGAAAGGAAAAUGUGCAAUUCAACGACAACUAGGCAAACACUUUCUGAUAAUGAAGAUCAUACAGAAUUGUCUAGAACAGCAAAUAAACAUUUGGGCCAAAACAAAACUUCACAACUGAUCAAGCUCCACCCACUGAUUUGAACCCACAGUUCAAAGCCUCAAUAUAACUAUGAAAUAAUCCGGGAAAUAUUGCUCAAUGCUCAAUUUAAAACUGGCCCUUCUUCAGUGUUUAUGACAUACUUCCUUUUUAGUGAUAAAACACUUACAGCUGCACGUUUUUAUCCUAUUAUAAUACUUUCUAACAGAACUGAAGCAGGGUGGAGGACAUGUUUACAGAGGUGCAGUACACCACCAUCACUCACUGCUUUGUACACCUGCAGAACCACCUGAGGACUGAGCAUGUCUGAUAUAUGAACCAGCAGUCUUUCUCAGUUAGUAAAUAUCCAGACCUGGAUACAAUACAUAGAUAGAAAAGUUAAGGGUAUAUAGUGCAACACUGAGAUGCCUGUGCAUGUUUGAUUUUGAGCAGUAAGACCGGAGAGGGGCCUUCAAUCUCGACCGGGGAUACAUUUAGUUAGCUUUACCAACAUCUCCUUUAAGAUCGUCCAUACAGCUCAAAACAUUUUGUAGCUGUAUGGACGAUGAUUAAGUCCACAUGUUAAAUCUAAAGUUUUUUAGAUCUGGCCAAAAGUGAGAGUGAGACUAAAGUCAAAAUUCUGAGAAGAAAAUCUAAUUUAUUUUAAGAGAAAUUCUGAGAUUAAAGUCAGAAUUUGAGCAAAACCAUUCUGACUUUUUUCUCAGAAGAAGAAAGAAAUGUGGCCCUUAUCUUCUUCUGUACAGCUGUUGGGUUUCUCAGUCUUUGUCAGGAGGGAGAAUAACUUAAUGAAGUUAAAGUUAACAAGGGAAAACCAGGACUUGUGAGAAGGAAACGAGAGGAUAUUUUUGGUUAAACUAGAUUGACUGAAAUAUCAGUUUGAGCUUUUCAUUGAUAAGAACCUUAGAAAGUUCGGACUAAAAUGUGCCUGGCUAAAUAUGAUAGUAAACUAAAAAGGACAUUUGACACAGGAUUUAGUAGCUUACAAAUGUAAUCUUGAGUGUCAGUGAAGUUUACCCUGGAAAGUAUUACUGCUUUUAACUGUUACCAGUGCAUGUUUACGGUGAGGAAACUUAUUUUCAAAGUAUAAAACAAUCAUAAAGUUAAAAACUAACAAAGAGGGCCGUUAACCAUCACGGUUAAUGUCGCUUUCAUUAACUACAUCUUAAAGUUACUCAUGAGGGAAAAUGCACUACUGCUGUCCGAUGCUUACAUGUACAAUUUGACUGAAGCCCGUUAACACAAAUCUUGUACAGUUGUACAACAAAAUGCUGCAUUCAGUUUUGUAAUAUCGUAUCAAACAUGUCUGUAUUUCUAAGUGUGUGAAGCUGGAUUUUCAACAGACGUUGCAUGUUUUGUUGUUUGAACUGAUUCAUUAUUACUCGACUUUCCAUAAUAAGUGAAAUUGACCCUUGAACAAUGCCGUAUUGUAAGGUUUUACCUGUGUAUUAUGUGGUGGUCCAACAUGUUGGUAGAAUAUUGUAAGUAGAUUAUUUCAGUAUGGUGCAAAUUUCCACAUAAUAUUCCAGUUUGUAUCAGGGUCAAUCUGAAUGAAGUCAAUCAAUGAAGUGGAUUCUUCUUGAAUUAUUUGAGUGAAUGCUGUAACUGCCUGCCAGUGAGUAAAUAUGUCUCUUGUAGUUUGAAUGAAUGACAGUGAAUUGAUCCAAUGCUUUUACCGAUGACCAUGUAAGUCAUGUGGGUUGAUUUCUAAGCUUGUCCCUGAUGUAUGUGCACUAAACCUUUUAUUUGUCUGUUGUUGAAAUUGUGGAAAAAAGGAAGAAUAUUUGGGAGGUUUUAAGUUAAAAUCAUGGUCUUCUUGAUUAAGGAACCCUUCCUUCAAUUCCUCUUCCUGUAGCUCUAAACAUUAAGACGUUUUUUUGUUAACAAACCAACUUUUUUUCCAUCUUUUAAAAAAAAAUGUAUUUAGUAAUCGUGUAGAGAUCACUGAUUUAAAUAUGAAUUGAGUUUUAACUUUUAUUUUAGAUUCUCACAUCGUUGUUACUGAUCUUGUUUUGAGUCACCUUAUCGUUUUAAAAACUGUAUGUCCACACGUUUGUUUUGUCCACUUUGACCUCCUGUCCUUAAAAUGCACAUGACGCUGAAGUGGUUUAAUUAUAGUCUUGGAAUAUUUCUCUAGUAAAGGCAUGGUUUAGGGUUUUUAAAUAUGGUUAUGCCUGGGACUGCAGAUAACAUGUGUGUGUAGAAGUAGUUUAAUAAAGCCUUGUUCCAUUACUA